GUUUCUGGGGACUUCGGGCCAAAAUGUCUGUGACAUCCAGAAGUACAGCAGCAUGGACAGUCACCUGGAGAUACUGGAGGAAACUCUUCAGCUGAGACACCUGGCUCCCACAGCACCUGACACUCUCGGUUGUUACCCUUUCUAUCAGAAAGAUCCUUUUAUUUUGGAGGAGUGUCCUCAUGUUUACUUUAGCGGCAACGCUCCAACCUUUGAGUCCAAACUCAUCAAAGGUCCCGAUGGUCAGGAGGUCCUUUUGGUUACCAUUCCAGACUUCAGCAGCACUCAAACAGCCUGUCUGGUCAACUUACGCACUCUUCAGUGUGAACCAGUCAGCUUCUCUGCUUUUUCUGCUGACAGAGAUGAAGAGAAUGAGAUGGAUGUCAGCCACUAGCUUUAGGAUAUUCAACUAACUGGGACAAAACUCACUAUUCUAGCUCCAGUGAUGCUGACUUCUGUAUUAUUGAUUGUUGCAACUGCUCUAAAAAGACCUUAAAGGUAGAUUUUUAUGUCAGAGUAACAGAGAUAAAUGAGCAGAAGCAAAACUUGUGUAAUAAGUUUAUUCUCACACCAUCUGUGCCAGAGGAACCUGGAGCUUCCUUGACUGUUUUUUCUUCAGCGGCCGAAUCAAUUGCAUUUCAGAAGAUAAUGUAAAUACAUUUUUUUCUUUUUUUUUAUACAAGUGUUAAAAAUAAACCUCUUUCCAUUAAGCGAAUUUCAUUUACAACAAAAAGUACGACAGAAAAUGUAAAAAUUAAAGUUCCCUUUUUUCUAUCACAUUCUUUUAUAUGAAGUCGAACAAAAUGUUAACUUUUUUUUGUCAUUGCAAUGUUUGACUUCUCCAACAGCUGUAAGUACAAUUUGAGUGAGAAGAAUUAGUAACAUUUGGUUGUUUCUUGUACAUUUAGUCAAAAUUGUAAUAGUUAUAAUCCAGGAGAGAGUCUGUGAACCCGCCGGGUGUUGAGGACUGUCCUUCCCAAAGUGGCCACGAGUCGUACCAGGAAGUGGUGGUUUCUGCUGUGGUGGGCAGUGUGGUGGUAGUUGUGGGGGGUAAUGUGGUCAUAGCUCUUAGCUUCAUCAAUUUCCGCAGUCGAAGGCGACGCAACCUCUGCUUCCUUCGCUGCAGGGCUGUGAGUGUGCUGCCCUCAUCACCAUCGUGUGAAGCCACGCGUCUGCGGGGAGUAGAAACCGCAGAACUCUGCAUCCGGCCGUUGCCAUAGCUGAGUCGAAUCGGCCGGUUGCCGUGAAGGGCCAUAAUCUUAAAAAAAAAAAAAAA